AUGCCACCGACACAAACGCCGACAACGGCCCAUCCCACCGAAUCCCAAAUCCUCCAAUCCUACCUCCUGCACCCCUCCCCCCUGCCCACAAUCGUACCAUACACGUCCUUCCUGGCCCUGCUGCCAAAACACCAGCCAUCCCGCGCCACCGAGCUGAAGCGCCUCUACCGCGACCUGGAGUUCCAACGGGCCGUCACCGUCGACGACAUCCGCCGCCGCAUCGAAAGAGAAUGCAACAAGAGCGUAUCCCUCACGGCCCAACUAGCCAGACAGGUCCGCCGGGAAGAGAAUUUCAAACAGCAGCGCCAGCGGCAGCAACAACAACAACAAAAAAAGGAUCGGAACCGAAGACGGAAGCGCAAGCGAGGUCCAGAAACCGAGCACAAUCCCGAUCACGACCACGACGACACGUACUCGUACACGUCAGACGACGACGGGGCCGAAACACCCCACCUCGACGUCAACACCCACACCCACAUCCAGACCGACACGGCCCUGCACGACGGAGUCCCCCUCUCGAACACGCUACUUCAAGCAACAGGCCCGGGCCCGUCCAAGCACGGCCUGUACCAUGACGGCUCAUCGCUCCUGCUCGCGAUGGACAAAGCGACGCAAGAUCUCGGAGUCGAGAUCGCGGAUCUAGAAGCCGAGAUUGCCGACCUGCGCAGGAUCUGCGAAGGCACGGUCGGCGGACUGAGUGACUUGCGGUAUGGGCGGUUCGGGAGAGCCAGAGGCAGUGGGAAUGGGAACGGGAAUAGCGUGAACGAUGAUGUUGGUAACGAAGACGGGGUGGCUGAUGAAGUGCUCGGCGCGGUGGAGGAGUUCAAGGCGAUGUUGGCGGGCAAAUAA